CACUUCCUUGUCUCCGCCAUGAGCAGGCUGCUGCGUCGCAAUUCCAGCCAGCUGCGGCUGCUCCUCUCCUCGGGUGGUCAGGUCACGCGCCUGGCCUCCAGCGGGGUGAAGCCGCCGUCGCCGGAGGAGUCCAAGAAGCCCAAGCGAGAACCCCCACCCGUAGUGCCCGAUUCGGAGAUCAAGAAGUCCGUGUUCAUCUCGCAGUCCAGCGAUGUCUUCACCAAUCUGGCGCUGGAGGACUGGCUGUACAAGAACUUCGACUUCAGCCACCACCAUGUCAUGCUGCUGUGGGCCAACGAUCCGUGCGUGGUCAUCGGACGCCACCAGAACCCCUUCACCGAGGCCAAUGUCUCGCGGCUGGUGGAGCGCGGCAUCACCCUGGCCCGUCGCAAUAGCGGCGGUGGAGCCGUCUAUCAUGAUCUGGGCAACCUGAACUGCACCUUCUUCUCGCCGCGAGAGCGCUACGAUCGCAAGUACAACCUGAACAUCGUGACCAGGGCUUUGUUCCGCGAGUGGGCCAUCAAGGCGGAGAUUAACGAGCGCGACGACAUUGUGGUGAUGAACAAAAAGAUUUCCGGGACGGCAGCCAAGCUGGGACACCCGAACGCGUACCACCACUGCACCAUCUUGGCCAGCGCCAACAAGCUGCACUUGGGCGAAUCUCUGGUGCGGGAGCCGGCCAACUACAUUAGCCGAGCGACUGCCUCGGUGCCGUCGCCAAUCCGCAAUCUUGUGGAUGUCAAUCGGUCGGUGAACGUGGCCCAGCUGCGCUCCGCCGUGGGCUACGAGUAUCUGAGGACGGCGGCCACCAAGCUGGAAGACGGCGGCAGCACGCAGACGUCGCAGCAGCGCGGCUUCCAGCUGAUUAAUCCCACUGAGAAGUGGUUCCCUGGGAUCGAGGAACUGCGCUCCAACUACAGCUCCUGGGAGUGGGUCAUCGGCAAGACGCCCAAGUUCACGGUGCAGAAGGAUCUGGAUGUGAAGGGCGACGAGCAGGACAUGAAGCUGAAACUGAGCGUGGAAGUGGAGGAUGGAUUAAUGAAAGAGAUCGGCAUCCAGCUGCCCCAGAGCGAGCAGAUCGUUCCGGUGGUCACUCCGCUGCAGGGCAAACCCUACAACGAGGAGAACCUGAACGGCAUUCUGGGCGCCCUGAAGCUCGUCAGCGCAUCGAACGUAAAGCAGGCAAUAAACGGAACGGCAUGAUAUCUGUUGUGUUAGCUCGAAAAAAUACAAAAAAAAAAUUA